CAACGCACAAGCUUCAGGCUCGAGCCUAACGAGAACUUCUGGUUUUUAGCAGAUUACUUUUACUUUCAUUGAACUACUGAAUAGACCUACAUUUCUUGUCCUCAAUAACUUAACUCGCCGUUUCUCAUUCAGUGGCGAUUGCAGAGGAAACCGCUGGUUUCUCCCUGUCAGAAGACCGGGAGCUAAAAAUAUUAAAUUUAAAGCCCAGCACAAGCUAAGCCAUCGCGGGGUUUGUUGAAGUCGAAGAAGCCGGCAAAAAGAUUCAGGCAUGGCAGAAAAUUGGAUUGGGUACACGGUCGCUAUCAACUGUGGCUCCAUCCUAGGGACAUUCAAAGGUGUGAUUGCCAAAGUUGAGGCAAGCGAUCAAAGUAUCACACUGAGGAAUGCAGCCAGGAAUGGGGUGCCGUGCACUUCCCGAGAGAUUACGAUCAGAGCCACUGAUAUCAAAGAUCUGGAAAUCUUGCAAAGAGCUUCCUCUCAUAGUCAGGCUGAUGAGAGAGCUCACUCCCACGGGUCAUCGAAUGGUCCUAUAAGGUCAGCGUUCCACGCAGCAGCUCCUCACUCAUUGUCAGUAAACGGACGUGAAAACGUUCAAACUGUUCAAACAUUAUCUCCAAUGAGACAUGAAAAUAUGCACAGCAUAAAACCAGGACCAAGUGGCCGAUGUCUUUUCCCUGAUGGAGUUCGUUCACCAAGUAAAAAGGACCGACAUUUCAAACAGCGAGAUGUUGCAGCUUUUGGGUCGCCCAUUGACAACACUGUCUUGGAAGAAGAUUUUGAUUUCGAGAAGAAUUUGGCGCUGUUCAAUAAACAGGCAGAGUAUGAGAUGAUCAACCAACAAAGCAGCAGACCUGACCUAGUGAAGCAAGCGGAAACGCCCCAAAAAUAUCGCCACGACGAAAAUGUCCUGGAAGUAACUCCUGCUAAAUAUAGGCAGAUCAAAGUACCUGGCAACACCUCUCUCGAAUAUGUCACUGAUUCCGGAUUGGUUGUACCAUCCAUCUCGAUAUCCUUACGAAACCAGCUCCUAGGGCUUUCCGAGAGACUUGGUGUUUCGGUCGAGAGACAGGCAGAGUUGAUAGGAAGGGCUGCAACUGAAAUGGCCCUGCAACUCUUGGGUGGAGGACACAGAUUGAAUCCGCGCAACGCCCACCAACUCCCAAGCGUGGUUGUGUUCUGCGGAAGUCAGAGGAGCGCCGUUUUGGGCGCCAACUUUGCUCGGCAACUCUCGGGGCAUGACAUUCAUGUCCAGAUUGUCAUCCCGGAGUCAGGAAUCUCCUCGGAACUGUUCAGAGAGCUGGCGCUGUUCAAACUAACGAAAAAUCCGGUGCUAACAAGCAUGCAAGGAAUUUCAAACGCUGAUCUGAUAGUCAUGGCGAUUGAUGACCCACUGAUGGAUGAUUUCCCCAACAAGCCCCAGCCAGACUGGUUACCAGCAGCCAUGGAUUGGAUAAAAAAUAGCAGAGCUCCCAUCAUGGGUCUCGAUCCUCCCCCUCAAGGUACCGGAGUUGAACUUAAAUUGUCAUUGGUCGGUUCGCUGCCUCUCGCUCACAGCCCAUCGAAUGGCAAAAUUUACCUUGUCAACUUAUCCCUCCCUGUGUCCCUCUACCAGGAACUUGGCAUCACUUAUAAAUCUCCCUUUGGACCCAAAUUUGUCAUCCCUGUCCAUCCAAAAGCUUAGCCAGGGCUGAGUUUUCCCAAUGCUUGUAAACUGACAAUUUGCUAUUUAUGGCAUGGAUGAAAUAAUUGUUCUAAUGGUGAAGUGUAAACUUAAUUUAUUUUCAUUGAAUAUACAGAUAAGUAAAUAAAAUCAUUUUAAAACGCA